AUGGCCGCCGAAGCGUCAACCACCACCAAUGGUGCCUCCAAGUCUCUUGCCGCCAUGCUGGAGGAGCAACACACUCGUGAUGACCACCGUGUCACCGUUGAGGACGUCAUCGAUGAGGAGGAUCUCAAGCACCCGCCGCCAUCUCUGUUGAACAGCCAAGCAUCCACUCCUCUUCCCCCUGUCUUGAAUCCCGCCACCCCAGCAGAGACCGCCACCCCCUCCCCAAUCCCCAAGCCUGCGGGCAAGAAGACACCGACAUUUGAUGUACAGUCGGAGGAACUUUUCCCGGCACUUGGUAGUGGCCCUAAGCCUGCUGCUCCCGCAGCGGCCACAUGGGGUGCGAAGAAGCCAUCUGCAGCAGCCGCUGUGGCCAAUGGCCAGCCCGCUAAGCCAACGGACACCCCCCGAGUUAUGUCUCUCCCUGGCAAGCACACAGAGCAGCUUCGUCUUGCCCCCUCUCAAAUGCUUCCCCGCGGUCAAAUGAAGAAGCCCCUCCAAGAUAUCCUCCGUGACAUUUCGCGGAGAUCAAAGGCUACUGUUGCUAUGCGUAGUGGCCCUGGUGGAGCCUUUGUCUUUGAAGGCAAGGGCUCUGUUGACUCCGUUCGUCAGGCCCUGAAGGAGGUCGCGCAACAGGUUGGAUCCAAGCAAUCCGUUCGUGUCCCCAUUCCUACCUCCGCACGAGCCCACAUCAUUGGCCGCCAGGGCGCGGUGGUUCAAGACAUUCAGUCACGUACUGGUGCUCGCGUUCAAGUCCCCCGUGCUGAUGGCAAUGCCACCGCCGUCGAAGAUGAUGACGAUACAAUUGACGUCCUGAUUGAGGGUGAUGCAGUUGCUGCCGAAAUGGCACGCCGGGAGAUUGAAGCAAUUGUCAAGGAGCGAGGCUCGAGCAUGAGCUUGCGCUUGAAGACCGUCCCGCCGGAGUUCUUCCCAUUCAUUGCUGGUGCCCACGAUGCGGCACUUCGUGAAAUUGAGGAGCGAACAAAGGCACAGAUCAACGUUCCUCGUUACGACACUUGGGUUUCGCAGCCCCCUCCCCAGGAGGCCCACCCCGGGCAAGUGCAGUUCGUACCUGUUGCGGACAAGCACAUUCUGAUUUCUGGAGAGCGUGCCGCAGCUCAGGAAGCUCGUGCAGAGAUUGAGCGUGUGGCGGCCGAGUUGCAGCGAAAACUAACUCUCCGCCAAUUGGCGAUCAACCGUGGCCAGCACCAGUUUAUUCUUGGAAAUGAGGCCGAUGCUUUGCAUCGGUUCUAUGAGCAGACUGGCUGCGCAAUUAUCUUGCCCCCUGCGUCAGAUGACAGCGAGUUCCUCACUAUCACUGGUCCCGUUGACCAGAUCGAGGCUGGUAUCAACCAUGCGAUGGAUCUUGCGACUAGCAUGCAGAUGGCAAGCAUCGACUUGUCCCGUCAGCACCCUAAUGCCCCUGCGGGUCCUCACGCCCAUGCUCGUGCUCUGACCCAGUACCUGCAGCGUCGCCAGGUCAUCAAGCAGCUUGAGUCUGCUUAUGAUGCACACAUCGCCCUCUCCCCGAGUGUCGAGGGCCCUGUGGCCUGGGAGGUUUACUCCCGGGAUGGCAAGAACACUAUCCGUGCUCGCUCGGACAUCAUGAACCUUGUCCAAGCUCACCCUCCGUCUCGUCUUCGCCAUGUUCCAGUGGAUCCAUACUUCCACCCCUACCUGCGCUCCCGCAGCGCGAGCAAGCUCCAGGGUGACUAUGGCGUUCAUUUGCUCGUGCCCGAAGACAUCAACAGCCCCGAGGUUGUGCUUGUCUACGAGGGCCCCAACUCCUCUGCCGCAAACUUCGAGGUCCCACGACAGCGUCCUGCCCCGGCGGAGAUUGCUGCAUUUGAGAAGUCCUUGUUAGAAGCCCAAUCUUUCUUGUUGAGCACUCUUGGAAACCAGAGUGAUAUUGUUGGCAAGUCCGUUUCUGUUCCUGCCAAGUAUCAGGAGAAGAUCCGCAAGUUCGUCAUUCGCGAACAGGAUGCCAAGGGUGAGGACAGCAUCCCUGUCCGCGCUAUUGUUGGUGAGCCUAAGGGAUCCAAGUGUGAAAUUUCGCUGCGUGGACCCUCAGAACUAGUCGCGGAGCUCGCUGCCAAGCUCGAGGCGUUCGUUGUGGAGCAGGAGCAGGAUGACCUGGAGCGUGGUUACACCAACACCUUCGACUUCCCUCAGAAGUUUGCCAACUUCCUGAUCGGCAAGCGCGGCGAAAACAUCAACAAGCUGCGCGAGGAAUUUGAUGUUGACAUCAAGGUCGAGAAUGGCAAGGUUGAGGUCAAGGGCCCCAAGGCCAAGGCGGAUGCUACCCGUUUGCGCAUUAUCAACAUGGGCAAGAAGUGGGAAGAUGAGACCACCCACAUUCUUAAGAUUCCUGCCCAGUACCACCGUGAGCUUAUCGGACAGCGGGGUAACCAGGUGAACCGUCUGCAGGAUCGCUACUCAGUUCGUGUUCAGUUUCCUCGGGCAGCUGCCUCUGCCGAUGAGGUCGCCGAGACAGGUAGCGAUGCUGGUGUAGCCCGCAGCCGCCCUCAGCAAGCCGCUGACGAGGUCUUUGUGAAGGGCCCCAGCAAGGGUGCUGAUUCUGCUCGCGAUGAGAUUCUCAGUCUGUUGCAGUGGGUCGUUGAUCACUCGCACAAUGCCACCAUCUCGGUCGCCCAGAGUCAGGUUGCUUCGCUGAUUGGUCAACGUGGUCGUGAGAUGGAUAAGGUCCGAGCAGACACUGGAGCUCAGAUUGACGUACCUGCCGCAAAUGAUGAACCGGAUGCAUCAGGCCGUGUCCAGAUUCGCAUCAAGGGAACUAAACAGCAGGUGGCCGAGGCCAAGAAAAUCUUGCAGCAGCGGGCCACCGAGUUCGAUGCUACUGUCACCAAGUCCAUUGAGGUUGAGAAAAAGUACCACAAGGCUCUUAUUGGCGGUGGUGGUGCCAACAUUCGCAAGAUUGUUGUCGACGCUGGUGGUCCUAGUGAUGGCAGUGCCGCUCGUAUGGUUCGCUUCCCCAAGCCUGACAGCACCGAGUCCACCAUUCGUCUUGAGGGUAAUGGAAAGAUCGUCGACAAUAUCAUUGCAGCCAUUGAGGAGUUUGUCAAGGAGCGUGCGGAUCAGGUCUCUGAGACUAUUGAUGUUCCCACUGCCCAGCAUCGCCUACUCAUCGGUCGCGGAGGUGAUACCCGCCGCGGUAUUGAGUCGAAGUUCAACGUCACCCUGGACAUUCCCAAGCAAGGCUCUGGCCGCACCGAUGUUAAGCUUAAGGGCGCCAGUGCUGCGGUCGCUGAGGCGAAGGAGCACAUUCAGGGCAUGAUGAAAGACCAACAUGCUGAGACUGUUUUCGUCCCUACUCACCUCCACCACGCUGUUGCUGACAAUGGUGCUUUCUUCCGCCGCCUUCGCAGUGAUCACCACGUCACUGUUGACCAUGCCGGCAAGUCUGUGCCCAACCACCCUGCUUCCGAGGAGACCCGCAGCUCUACCAAUGGCACAUCUCUACCCCUGAUCACCGAUGACCCUAGUGAGGCUACAGACGCCCACUCUUGGAAGGUUAUUGACAACAGCCUCACUGCUGAUGCUGAUACCACUCCCUUCCCGUGGGUCCUUAGUGGCUCCCCAGAGAACGUCGCAAAGGCACGCGCCGCCAUCGAAAAGGCCGUGAGCGCUGCUAGCCAACAGUCCGCUACUGGCUACCUGAUUCUGCCUGACCCCAAGACCUACCGUUUUGUCGUUGGACAGGGCGGUAGCCAGAUCAAUGCGAUCCGGAAGAAGACUGGCUGCCGUAUCAACGUGCCUAAGGACCAGGCUCGUGGCGAGGCCAUUGAGGUCCGCGGCAGCUUGGCUGGCCUGGAAGAAGCUAAGGACAUGAUUUUGGAGGCUGUGCAGAAUGGCCUGAAUGGUUCUGCCUCCGUCCGGUCAUGA